AUGACACCCGAUGAUAUUCAAGGUGACUACACGUGUGCUGUGAGUGUGGAAGACUAUCGUUUGGCCAGCAAAAAGGUCGAGUAUAAGGUCGUCAUUAAGCUCUCAUUUUACUCGUCGCGUGCACACGCCACAGGCCGAACUAGUUGGCACAUCUGGCGCAGCUUUUCAGCCUUUCGCAAGCUGGAUGAGCAGCUACGCAAGCGCAAUGCUGUGCUCAUGAAAGGUAUUAAGUUUCCUCCACUUUACCGUCGUAAAGCAUUGUUCCGAGUGGAUAAGAGUUCCGAGUUUAUAGGAGCGCGAGCGCGCGAGCUUGACAACUAUAUGAACGUCUUGACACACAAGCCGCAGCUCGUCGCUUUCCAUUUGGCGGCUGUAAGCAGCCAGACGCUUAAGAACUUUGUGGGCUUUAACUCUGGCUUUGGAGCAAAUGCAGACUAUGACCAGCAGGACGUGAAACUUCGUCCGUCGGCAUCUAUCUUAGCGUCCUCAGCAGUCGUGCAAGCCACAGCUAGUGUCAUGGGAGAUGACGACGAUGACUUUCGCUCCGUCUCAAGUAUAUCCACAGUGUCUUCUGUCGCCUCUAAUACCAGCGACUAUCGGUGGUCCGGAACGGGCUUUGUAGGCAGUCAAAGCUUUGUGAGACAUCCUGCGCCCCAAAUGCAGAUGAAUGGAGGACGCACGUCGUUCGCGAGCAGCGGAGGAUCGUUUGCGAGUUCAAUUGGCCCUGGAUCUUCGAGAGGAAGUUGGUUUCCGGCAUCAUCAACGGGGCCGGACACUGCUGGCCAUGCGUCAAUGGCGUCAGUCUCGAAGGGAUCGAUGAUGGCUAUGACAGCACCUGAUGUUAUUACGCCUGAGCUGGAUAUGCAACGAGCAAAGAUGGAGGACCAACUGGUGCAGAUGGGACUUGUGGGUGUUGGUAUGCCGCCCGAUGGAUCUUGUUUGUUACACUGCAUUGUGUAUGAGAUGUAUCCGCUUCAGUGUCUACGCGACUGCCCGUCAAGUAUGACGGUAGUAAAUGUAGGUGCGGCAGACGGUAUGGCACCACGACGAGUGGCAGCAGCGCAGUUUUUAAGAGUGAAGCUGAUGGAAUACGCGCUGGAACAUAUUAAGGUUCUAGCGGGCUUUCUGAUGCAAAAUGAGGAGGAUGUGAAAGAGCAAUAUGAGACUUUUAGAGACACACCAGGCGAGCAGGCUACGACUGUUGAAUUGUAUGCGGUGGCGAGUAUGUUCAACAUUGAGUUGGUACUGAUUUCGAAUGACGAGAGCUUCAAGAUCGACCCCGUGCUACCAGUGGAAGGUCUUCCAUCAGUGCGCGAAGGCCCGCGGCGUACAGUUACUCUUGGUUAUCUGGCCCCGGCCGACGGACUUGCCGGACACUACAUUUGCACGCGUGAGAGGCGUGCACAAAUCGGUAUGCCUCAGAACACGUUUGCUGGGGGGUAG